ACUUACAAACACACACUUCAGAUUUCAAACCAAACAAAUUAAAAACCACCAAAACACUAGAAGCUUAUCCACAAGUGCUGAAAAACCUGACUGCACUUUCCACAAACUAUUGAGUAGAAGAAUUUUACACACAAAGUAGCAACAUGGCUUUGGAGAAUUGUUUAAGAGUAUCCACAGCCAGACCUCAGUGUCUUCCUUCAUUGUUUCCAACUUCAAGGGAAAAGGUUGUUUUCUCAGCUCAAAGAGCAGGAUUCAAGAAAUCUGUGCUGAACUCAACACUAUCAUUCCCAUCUGGUGUUGCCUACAGAAAAUCUCGUUUUAUUUGCAAUGCUCGUGAAGCUGUAAAUGAAGUUGGAGCAGUGACUGACUCAAGCUGGAAUGAGCUUGUUCUUGCAAGUGACACCCCUGUGCUGGUAGAUUUUUGGGCACCAUGGUGUGGUCCAUGCAGGAUGAUAGCGCCUAUUAUUGAUGAGCUAGCCAAAGAAUAUGCUGGGAAAAUUUCGUGCUACAAGCUCAACACAGAUGAGAAUCCAAACAUAGCAACAAAGUACGGCAUCAGAAGCAUUCCAACUGUUCUAUUUUUCAAGAAUGGAGAGAAAAAAGAAAGUGUAAUUGGUGCAGUUCCAAAGUCUACUCUGUCUACAACUGUGGAAAAAUAUAUUGAUGCAUGAACUCAGAAAAAAUGAUACAUAAUGACAUGCAUUAUAACACCAAAAAUGGUUGAACUGGGAUUGAAAAAUGAAAAUCGUGACUUUGCUGAUUUUCAUUUUAUCCCAUUCUUUUCCAUGCCCUGCAAGGCAAAAGGUAGUUUGUAUCUUUAUCAUAUCUGUGUAAGGAUUAUCUUUCAAUAUAUGGAUUCAACACAUUGAACAAUCCUUGUAUAUUUCUUUAUUUCAAAUCAUUUUGUAAAGUUUUUUACAUUGGAUAAACAGACCUCCUUCUUUGAA